AUGCCAGCACCAUCGUCAGCUAGUGCUCCAGCACUUAGAGGUAGGCAAGAAAAGGGAAAUAGGUAUUCUAUGUCCGGAUCUCAGAAUACUGAGGGCCACGGUUUUAGAGAUUGUCCUCAUACCAUACAUGGGAAUCGUGAUGUUCUCCCCCAGGAUCAGACUGCUAGUGCUCUAGCUCCUGUAGCUCAUCCAGCUCCUACUCAUGGUGCUUCUUCCAGCACUGCUAGUGGUCUGCACCAGAACAGAUUCUAUGCUUUGCCUUCCCGUCAGGAGCAGAAGGACUCCCCCGAUGUUGUUACUGUGAGGCUCGAGAUUGUCUCUGAGCCCAUCCUAGUUUCUACCCCUGUGGACUGUCGUUCCCGUGUAGUCAAGUUUCAGUUCCCUGGUGAGUCUGUUAUCAAAUGGUCUGAAUGGCAGUAG